AUGGCCCACAAGACUCGGUAUUACCAACAUGUCCUGCCGACUGUCCUUCGCGGCGAUGGCUCUCCCGUCUUCACCCACAACGACUUCCAGAGAAAGAACGUCAUGGUGCAGCCCGAUGGGACGCCAAUCAUCAUCGACUGGGAGUUUGCGUCGUGGUAUCCGACCUACUGGGAAUAUUCGACGGCUACAUAUGCGAACGGUGGUUGGAACGAUGAUUGGCACGAAUACGUGCGCAUGGCCUUGGACGAAUACCCAAACCAGUCCCUUUGGUUGUCAAGCAUGAAGCAUGAAAUGUGGACCUGA